CAUUUAACCCUUCUUACAGUGUGGAAGGCAGGUUCGCAGAGGCAACGUGCAAUGCUUUUUGGAACCAUCUGAAAGAACAGCUAUUGAGUACUCCUCCUGACUUUACCUGUGCUCUUAGAUUUCUAAAAGAAAUUAAGGAGAACCGCCUAAGAAACGAGAUAGAAGAAGCUCUGGACACAGAUCUUCUCAAGCAGGAAGCAGAACAUGGGGCCCUGGAUGUCCCUCGUCUUUCUAACUACAUUCUCAAUUUGAUGGCCCUGCUAUGUGCACCAGUUCGAGAUGAAGCGGUACAGAAACUAGAGACCAUAGCAGAUCCAGUGCAGUUACUGCGGGGCAUCUUCCGUGUUCUGGGCCUAAUGAAAAUGGACAUGGCAAACUAUACCAUCAAGAGUUUUCAACCCUACCUGCAGGAGCAUUCCAUCCAGUAUGAACAAGCUAAAUUCCAGGAACUCCUUGAUAAGCAGCCCAGUCUCCUCAAUUAUACCACAAAAUGGCUAACCAAAGCAGCCACAGACAUCUCUACACUAUGUCCGAGUUCUCCUGACUCACCUGGCUCCUCCUGCAGCAUGGCGUGUUCACUUCCAAACCGGGCAGCUUACAACUCCGAGCCGCCCAGUCCAACAAUGGUGCUAUACCAAGGCUACCUCAACCUCCUCUGCUGGGAUCCUGAAAAAGAAGAAUUUCCUGAGACUCUGCUGAUGGACAGGAUCCGGCUCCAGGAAAUGGCGUUCCACUUGCACCAGUUAACCAUUCUGGACUCAGUCUUGCUAGUGGCCAGAAGUUUCUCUGGUGAAGUUUUAUUCAGCUCACCUGAAUUUGUGGAUAGACUGAAAUGCAUCACCAAGGCCCUGACUGAGGAAUUUAUCUCCAGGCCCGAAGAGGCUAUGCUGAGUGUGAGUGAACAGGUGUCUCAGGAAAUCCAUCAAGGCCUCAAGGACGUGGGCCUCACUACUCUGAGCAGUGAAAAUACAGCAUCUCUUCUAGGCCAGCUCCAGGACAUCGCCAAGAAAGAGAACUGCAUUCGUAGCAUCGUUGAUCAGCGGAUCCGUUUGUUUCUCAAAUUCUGUUUGCUGCAUGGCAUGAAGGAGUCUCUGCUACACUUUCCUAGAGGCCUCAUUCUCAUUGAAAGAGAGUUGGCAGAACUGGGCUGGAAGUUUGUCAGUCUGAUGCACCAUAAUCAGCAGGUAUUUAGCCGAUACUAUGCUGAGAUUCUAAAAAACAUCAUCCCUCCAGCUCAAGCACAAGAAACAGAUGUGGAGCCUAUCUGAUAGUGCUGGACCCCAGCCAUGGCAAAGGGGACCCGGGAGAGAGAGGUCAGCAUGUUUCUGCAAUGACAUCACCCGCAGCUAGUGAAACAAUCAGCCCUCUUCCUCGUUACAGCCAGGGCACUGGGAUGCAGGAGUCAAGCAUACAAACACCAUCUGGCCCAAUCCCCUUGACUAAUAAACUUCCGAGCUGCAAG